UUGGUAAAACCAAAGAGAGAGUCUAGAGGAAGAAUUCUACUAGCAAGAGUAGUGUACGUAAUACUAGUGCCGCCAGUGCCGACACAAGUAUGCUAAUUAUGCUGCUGCAUAUGAGCCAGAGAUCAAAGUUUUACUAUCAUGGGUUUGCUUUCUAAAUCCAAACCCAGAUCUCUCUUCCUCUACCCUCGUUAUGUUUACCCUUUUGCUGCCUUCCUCUCUCUCUCCCUCUUCCUCCUCUUUCAGGUGCAUAAUUAUGUAUCUCGGACCAAAACAGUUGCAGGUCACAACUUAGAGCCAACCCCGUGGCAAAUAUUUCCUGAUACAGAAAAGAGCAAUUUUGAAACUGGAUUCACAAAAGCUUCUAAGGUGAUACAAUGUUCUUAUUUCACAUGUGGAAGCGGCAACAAUGUUCCAGUUCAAAGUAAACUGUCUAUGUCAAGUAAAUAUGGUGAGAAUUGCCCUGAAUUCUAUAGAUGGAUACACCAUGACCUGGAGCCAUGGCACAAGUCACGAAUAUCGUUGGCUCAUCUGAUGGCAGCUAAAGAGACUGCUGCUGCAUUUCGUGUUGUGAUUAUUGACGGAAGACUCUAUGUUGAUUCCUUCUAUGGAUGCGUGCAAAGCCGUGCUCUUUUCACUGUUUGGGGUUUUGUGCAGCUCCUGAGGAGGUAUCCUGGGCAGAUUCGGGACGUGGAUUUAAUGUUUGAUUGUAUGGACAAACCUAUUAUCAAUCGGACCGAGCAUGCGUUAUGGCCUUUCCCUCUAUUUCGCUAUUGCACUUCAGCUCAACACUUUGAUAUCCCAUUUCCCGAUUGGUCCUUCUGGGGCUGGGAGGAGGUGAAUGUAUCACCCUGGGACGAAGAAUUUAAAAGUAUCAAAAAAGGUGCAAAUUCUAAAAGUUGGAAAAAGAAGAUUCCUUAUGCCUACUGGAAGGGUAAUCCAGAUGUUGUCUCUCCUAUUCGUCUAGCAUUGCUGGAAUGUAAUGACACAGAGCUGUGGGGUGCGAGAAUUAUGCGACAGAACUGGACGGAAGAAGCAGAACAUGGGUUUUCCAAGUCUAAACUAUCAAAUCAAUGCAAAAAUCGGUAUAAGAUCUAUGCAGAAGGUUAUGCGUGGUCCGUAAGCCUGAAAUAUAUUCUAGCAUGCGGUUCUGUCCCUCUUAUAAUACAUCCUGAAUAUGAAGACUUCUUUAGUCGUGGUCUUUUUCCAAAGAAGAACUACUGGCCUAUAUCUCCUACAAAUUUAUGCCCUGCGAUAAAGUAUGCUGUUGAAUAUGGUAACAAACAUGCUCGUCAGGCGGAGGCAAUGGGAAAAGCAGCACAAAAUCUCAUGGAAAGUAUAAGCAUGGAUGGGGUAUAUGAUUAUAUGUAUCAUUUGUUAAAUGAAUACUCAAAACUGCUGGACUUUAAGCCUGUUCGACCUUCAACUGCUAUAGAAGUAUGCUAUCAAUCUCUUCUUUGUUACGCUGACGAAAAAAAGAGAAAGUUUUUGGAAAGAUCCACUGCAUUUCCAUCUCUAAAUCCUCCGUGCAAACUACCACCUCGAGACGAUAAUUAUAUCAAAAGUUGGAUGGAAAAGAAGAGCAAAGCUAUUGAGGAGGCUGAGAUUAUACCCCCUUAAUUCUGAAAAAACGCAGACUACAGGAAAAAUAUUCGAAAUUCCAUAAAUACUUUGAUGUAUAUAUAUGCUUGAGCAGUUGAGCUGGCCAUGUACUUGCCAAUACUUUUGCAUUUGAGAUUUUUCAUGUUUCUUCAGACAAAGGCCAAACUGACCUCUUCAUAAAAAGCAUUUCUACAAUUUAGGCCAGUAACUGUUGGGCACCAUAGUUACAGUUGCAUUAGAAGGAUGAAGCACACUUGCUUGAGUUUUUACCGGAGUCCAGCUCAUUGAACUUCGAAGAGAGGAUUCUGAAUAUAUCUGGCAGAAUCUGGAUGGGCAACCUCCUACGAAGUCUCUUUGCAAUCUGAGGUUAAAUGAUUAAGAAUAUGGAUUAGUUUUUUUAGAUGCAAGUGAUAUUUAGUUUAUUUGGAAGGUGAUCACUAGUUGGAUCAUAAGUUUCAGUUGCCAAGCCUCUUUGUUAUUGUGUCGUCAACAUGAUAUUGUAGUGAAUGGGCAUCAUUUUAUGUUUUUGAGCGCAA